UUUACUUAUUAAAUGUCUGGGGAGGGCUGAGAACUGGACGCCUGAGUUCGGUUACUGACCAGCCCCGCCCCUUCUUGGCGUUCAGAUUCCCCACUUUGGGGUAGGGUGGCUAAUGGGUUUAGUUGAGGACCUCCUGCUUCCUUGCGCUAAGGCUGUUCGUGAUGACUCUGCCACAAAAUCUAGCUCAACUCACCAGGAAUCUGCAGUUCAGAGAGGUCCCACAAGCACAGGCCAUGGAAAGGAAUGACACCAUCGACUUCAAGGCUCUGGAGAAAGAGCUGCAGGCUGCACUUACUGCUGAUGAGAAGUACAAACGGGAGAAUGCUGCCAAGUUACGGGCAGUGGAACAGAGGGUGGCUUCCUAUGAGGAGUUCAGGGGUAUUGUCCUUGCAUCACAUCUGAAGCCACUGGAACGGAAGGAUAAGAUGGGAGGAAAGAGAGCUGUGCCCUGGAACUGUCACACUGUUCAGGGAAGGACUUUCCAGGAUGUGGCCACUGAAAUCUCCCCGGAGAAAACCCCCCUCCAGCCCGAGACUUCUGCUGACUUCUACCGUGAUUGGCGACGCCGCUUGAGGAGUGGGCCAGAGCGCUACCAGGCCCUGCUGCAGCUCGGGGGUCCAAAGCUGGGCCGCCUCUUCCAGACAGAUGUGGGGUUUGGGCUUCUCGGGGAGCUGCUGGUGGCACUGGCUGAUCAUGUGGGGCCAGCUGACCGGGCAGCUGUACUGGGGAUCCUACGCAGCCUGGCGACCACCGGGCGCUUCACCCUGAACCUGAGCCUGCUGAGCCAUGUGGAGAGAGAGAGAUGCAAGUGUUUGUUUCAGAAGCUGCAAACCAUGGGCACCCCCAGACCCAUGAAGGAGGGGCUCAGCUGGGAGGAGCAGGGUCUGGAGGAGCAGUCUGGUAGGCUCCAGGAGGAGGAGAGGCUCCUGCAGGAGCUGCUGGGGCUGUACCAGGUUGACUGAUGUGACCAGGUACCCUCAGAGGUCCCGGUGGUCAUGGGAGGCAGUUUUUUGGUUGUUGUCUUGGGGUUCUGCAGGACCGUAAUAAGAAACCCACGCUUAGUUCCUGUCUCAACUUGGAAUUUUCAGAGCAAAAACAGGAAUCAAGUUUCCCA